GAACAGGGUUGGAUUCUGUAUAAUUGUCACCCAUGCAAAUUGAAUUCCCUCCUCAAUUACACCAAAAACUGCAUCAAAUUUGUUUUCAUUAGUAAUAUUUCUUUAACGAUUUUGAUCAAUAUCAAUGCAUAUUUUAGUUUCCAUAAUGAAAAUUUUACAAGAAUGAAUGCCUUCAAUAUGUUGAAAUGCAUUGGUCUAUCUUGACCUUGUUUCUUUAUCUUGUAACUGGUGAUCAUCCCUCAUCAAGCCUGGCUAAAACGUAACUGAUCUUUUAAAAAAGUAACAUCAUUAUUGGGGUAUAAUGGAAAAUGAGAUCUGUCCUUUUUUCUAGUUAUCAUGUGGAAUUAAUUGUAGAAUGUAGAUGUCAUAAUUCCAUCACUCUGUAUAUCGUGGCUCAUAAGCAACAGACAAAUUGUUCGGUGAAUACUACACAAUCAGUAUUUAACAAGAUCUUUAUGUGUGAAACUGACAUUCCAUCCGAAUCUUAAAGACUGAUGUGCAAUCAAAGUGUGACUAUGUGGGUAACGAACUAGAACUAUUUAUUACCUUCCAAGUGCCUUAAAAUAAACGAAUUUAAUCAAAAGAACCCCCAAGUGCCUGUUUUUCCAUCAUCAAAAAUGAAAAGUAUCAAAGCAAUCUUUCGUAGAGGUCAGAAUGUUAGGCUGGAUGGUCAGAAUCUGGACAACCUCUCGAGGACGUCCUCUGUAACAAAUUUGGAGGAGCAGCAGCUGCAGCAACAGCAGACUCAGCAACAGCUGCAGCAGCAACAGCUUCAUCAUCAUCCAAAGGGGACCAAGCCUAGGAAGACUUUGUCUAAGGAGAGAAUUGAUAAAACCAAUGAGCCGACUAGGAGGAAUGAAAAGAAAAAUUCAGCAAGGAACAACAAUAAAAUCGAGUCAGGGGAGAGUCCCUAUCUCUCCAUAGACUCGUUGCAAGAAGAAGAGUUCAUCCAGUUGAGGAAACAGUUACAAGAUAUGGCUCAAGAAAAAACAAACUUGGCCCUACAGUUAGGGGAACAAAAGGGACAGUUGAAUAUCUUACAGAAAGAAAUUCAAAAACUAAAGUCAUUCCAAGAGGAAUCAAAUGUACAGUUAGAGCAUCUGACAGCUGAAAAUACUCUGCUAAGAAACAGGUUACGUGAUGUUGCCCAUUCGCCAUUGUCGGAUACAGAGAAACAGCAACUGCUGGAUUCCCACCGACAUCACAGCUCAGCUCCUGCAUCCAUUGCAACAAACCUGCUUGAAGAUGACACUGGAGUUGAUGCAACUCCAUGCACAACACCUGAUUGGGAUAAAUACUCAUCGGGGAAUGUCAGUGAAGUUUCAGUGGCUUGCCUGCAGGAUAAGAUUCAUCAAAUGCAAGAAACCCACUACAGCACUAACGAGGAGCUACAAGCCACACUUCAAGAGUUAACCGACCUACAAAGGCAGCUGAUCGAACUGCAGCAAGAAAACGAAAGACUGAACGAUGAAAAAACGCUUAUGUUCGACAGCCUUUGCAGACAAACCGAACGGCUGAACGAUUCACGUUCUGAAGUAGAAUCUUUGAAGCAACUUAUAUACCAAGAAAAAGGUGAGACUGACCAAUACGGUUCAAUCGCAGAACGAGAACAAAAACUGGUUGAUCUACUGAAGGCAGCUCAGGAGGAAAGGGAAAACCUGAUGGUGAAACUAGAACAAAUGACGAGUGAAUUACAAGAGACCAAAGCUGCUCUUUCGGACAAAGAUAAUGUCAUACAGCAAAUGAACGAGAGGAUAAAAACAUUAGAGUACACUUUAGAUGCGAGGUAUGCAGAACACAAGCAAUUAGACCAGGAACUGAUGCAGGCUAGAGACCAAUGUAAUGGGAAACAAAUCGAGAUCAAUAGACUGAAUGAUUUGUUGGAUAAUGCUAAAACCAAGAUCAAUGAAUUAGAACAAGAUAGGACGAUGAGCGACAAAUCAGAACUGGAUGAACUGCUUGAUAAUGCCAGGAAAGAAAAACAUUUGCUUGAAUCAGAAGUGGCUCAUUUGAGAGAACAAUUGGCUAUUGGUAAAAAUGAAAUUGAAAAACUCAAAGAGCAAGUAUCGAUAUUACAAGAGGAAGUUAUGGUGACGAGAAAUAACGCGAAGAGUACACAGUCUGAUCUCGAAUACAAAUGUGAGAAGGUAAUGAAGGAAAAGUGUGCCCUUGGUGAUCAAUUACAGGAAUUUCAGGAAGCUUUAAAUGAACUCCAAGUUCAAAAUCAGUGUCAGCUUGAGGAUAAACGACAACUAUCAGCUGUGUUAUCAGAGACUCAAAGGAAUCUAAAUGAAACUGAAAGGAAAAGUUUGAAUUUGGAACGUGAGUUAGAAGACCUGAAAAGACUUAGAGCAGAAGAAAAUGAAGAGUGGGAAAAAUUCCAAAGCGACCUAUUGACUUCUGUAAGGGUGGCAAACGAUUUUAAGACUGAAGCCCAACAAGAGCUACAAAGAAUGAUCAUGGAAAAUAAGACUUACAGAGAACGUGAACGUCAGCUCAGGGCAGAAAUUGAGAAACUUAAAGUUGAAUCGGUACCUCUGCGACCGACCAGCUUCCCUAGUGAAGAUGUCACUCUCAGGAGAAAAAACAACAUUGUGUUGUCACGACAAAAUAGUCGACAGUCGGUCAAGUCCCUCAUUGAAAGCAUUGAAAGUCAGGCGAAACCAGUUACAAAAACAGGUUUGGGUACAGUUGUUUCAAGGAGCAGUUCAAAUUCGUCCCUCAAUUCAUUAACGUCAGAUGUAAGAAGUCCUACGGGCAUGCUAGUGUUACCGACACCUACAGAAUCACCUUUAAAGUCACCUCCAGAUUGGAAUGAUGUCAAUACUAUUGGCCAAACUAAAUCUUUAAAAGAACAGCAAACGAAUAAGCUGAACCGCGACUGGAGUUCAGUAGAUAAACAUGAGGUGAAAAUAAAGACAGACGACAACUACAGAGAAGCACUGCUACAAAAAGGAAUGGAUUUCUCGAGACGAAAUAGUUAUUCAGACUUGAGUGAAAGAAAAGACCCACUAAACGGCUUAGUGAAAAAUGGCGGUUCUAAGAGAAACGCGUUGUUGAAAUGGUGCCAGAGCAAAACAGUAGGAUACAGGAACAUCGAUAUAACGAACUUCAGUAGUUCCUGGAACGAUGGCCUGGCUCUGUGCGCCCUUAUGCACACGUAUCUACCGGAAAAGAUACCCUACGAUAGUCUAACGCCUCAGGAAAAAAGAAAAAACUUCUCCUUAGCUUUCUCUGCUGCAGAAAGUGUUGGAAUUCCUACUACACUGAAUAUAAACGACAUGGUACAACAAGAAAGACCCGACUGGCAACAAGUAAUGGGAUAUGUUACUGCUAUAUACAAACACUUUGAAACAUGAAAGAUUUGUUAGCGUUUUCUAUUCCCAGAUCAUUUAUAUAUGAAAGUUUAUAUAAGUUGUGGUUAUUGUUAAUUUGUCUAAUAUCGUAUAAAGUUUAUUCCGAGUUAAUUUUCCUCUAUAAAGCAUUUCCAAGUGUUACUUAACGAACGUAAUUCCUUGUGCAUUUAUUCCAUUUUGGGCAUGCUGAACACAGCACUGAAAUGUUCGCCCUUGGUUAAUUUAAUACCUGAAACUUAUCCUGUGGUUUUCAUUUUGAGAAAACACCAUGACCUAGCCAAAUGAAAUAAUAUGUAUUAAACACUUUUACUGACGCUACGCUGGCCUUUUUUAAUAUAUAAAUAGUGUAUUGUCAAUAUUUAUAUUUCGAUAAAAGAUACUGUCGUGGUCAAAAGGUUAGUAAAAGGUGUUUAAUACGAGGGUUAAUCAAAUAUGAGCAUAACCAAGUGGUGACCUCCCAGGUCUUCUUUAACUGGCCCAAACACGUGUUAGUCACAUGGCGACAUAUCGGUCUCGAUGUAAGGCGGGUCUUUUUCGCCGAUAGGCAAGUUUCAUUUCUUUAAGCAGUUGUCAGUAGUAAGCAGCAUUAAGUGUACGACGAUCCAGAAGAAAUUCAACUAGCAGUACACCUCUGGAAUCCCGAAAUACCGUUGCAAGAACUUUUCCUGCGGAAAGGCUGGUCUUGGAUCUUCGCGGCGCUGCCUCUCUAGGCUUUCACCACUCCAUGGAAAAAUGUUUUGACAGUCGUAUACGCGUGUCUCUUUGCCGUACUAUGUUGUUAAUCGACGAAAAAUUUCGGAAGGUUUUAUGCCCCCCCCCGCGACAAAACUUUAUGAUAAUGCGUUGCGCAACAGGCGUGAGCAACUCUUGCUCAGACAUGAUGCUACUAUCAGGGCGCGCCAAACCGACUGCUCCCCUCUUCCUGACAUCCCCACCCAGCAUAUACCAAGACGUCGCCCCACUCCAUUCCCUUAUGACGCGUUAAACAGAAAAGUCCGAUUCAUUUUUGAUCCAUCCUCGUACAUACAUUUGGCUAGAAGACCAUGGAGUCUUAUGUACCUAUACGUUUUUAAUCUAAAAUUUUCAAAAAAUCGAAAAACGGGGGUCCCCAAAAUAAGUAUAUAUGACAUGGCGGAAAAGUGGAAGUGUGUUUUUUUCAAAAUUCGAUGUAUUUUAAUCGACAAUUGCGAGAUGAAACAAAAUGUGUCAGAUAGCAUUUUUGAAUUCCAAAAAUGAUGUUUAUACUCUUUAUGGUUCCAUUUUACGUUAUGGAUGCAUUUACUUCAUUUGAAGUGUAAAAAUAUUCCGUUUGUUCAGUCUGUCCUGAAUCCA